AUCUUGGUUGGGGAGGUCACGUUACCGUGGCAUCGCCACAGAUGGACGAGGAACCCUUGGGUGAGAUGAUGCGCGCAAACGAAUGGAGACGGCCAAGCCUCGCUCGUGCCGGUGAUGUCAGGCGCCGCCCUAGAAGCCCCAUUCUUUCUUUUUGCUCUGGUUCUUUUGCUUCUUCGUUUACCGAAACGGUGUGAGUCUCUCUUGCGAUUCGUUCACAAGGGUGAUGGUACCACGGUAAUUCACCUUGUAGGCUACUGGGCGUUGGUUGGGUCUCUAGAGGAACUCUGGCUGGCGAGAGGGCGAAAAAAGCGAAAAGGCGAGCACAGCCACUUUCGAUGCCGGAGCCCCGAUGGGAACUAUUGUCGGGCGACGUGUUGGGUUGGUGAUAGUUUGGGACUUGCAUGGGGCUUUGAUGGGUUCGUGUCUUGGAGGAGGACCGUUGGCUUCUUGGUGAUGCUGGUGAGUGUCCGCGCGAGAGGGAUACCUACACUACCUUACCUAGAUCCAGAUGAAAAAGCAUGCCGUCCAAACAAAACAUCGGAGGGAACGGAGGGGAAACUAACCGGACGGGGGGGCCCAUUCAUUCCAUUCCCUUGAGAUGCCGGUGACUCGGCGGUAAAGGUGGUUGAAGGGGACUUUGGCUGCUGAGUGCUGACAAUGGGAAGUAUAAUGCAGGUAUUCCGUACCACCAACGAUGAGUCUACCGUAGUUAAGGUACUGUGAGUGGUGACGGUGGUGAAUCGUGACUGGCUACGCCCUGAGGAAGGUGUGGGCAUCACUGGAAGCUUCGCCGGGGGAUCAAGUGUGCAAGUCUGGGCAGAGGAGGGAGGCCACGCAAUGGCUUUGGGGCCAAGUGACUGCCCAGCCUCCAAGACGUCGCUUUUGUCUGGCGACGGUUUGCUUGGCUUUCUUCAUGACGCCGUCGGGCGAAAUAUAACUUGGAUCCCUCUUUUCCCCCUUCCUCUUCCUCUUAAACCCCCGU